UUCCUCCUCUUUCUCACUUCAGGAGCAGCGAGAGCAGUUGAGUUUAGACUGGCGGUCAGGCCAGUGUUAGUUCGGGGCUCAUAUAUACAUAUUUACAUAUGAUAUAUACAUAUUUAGAAACAGUUUUUUGAGAGUGCUAACUGACGAGCUGUCGCUGAGUGUGUCAGGGGAAUGAAUCUCACUUCACUGGAAGUUGUUUGCACCAGAACCGGUUUUGAGGAGGUGGUGAGGCGCGGCAGCGGAUGGGAACAUAGAUCAGCAGCAGGAGCAGCAGCAGGAGCAGCAGCAGCAGCAGCAGAAGCAGCAGCAGCAGCGCCAAACUCACAAUGCGCCUGGAGUGAACACAGGCAGCAGCAGGGAGACAAUACAGAUCCGCGGGAUCUCUGAGGAGCUGCAAUCUCUCACCGCCGGCUCGCCUUUUCUUUUCGCAGCCUUCCCCCAAGACUGGCAUUUUCCCGCCUUCACUACUGAUUGAUUGAUUGAUUGAUUGAUUGAUUGGCUGAUUUAUUGAUUGAGACAAAAUUGACUUCGCUACGAGGGCAGAGUGGUUCGAUCUCCAAACUCAGCCAUGACGUCUCCGGCGAAAUUCCGAAAGGAAAAGGAGAUAGUGGCCGAAUAUGAAACUCAAGUGAAAGAGAUCCGUGCCCAGCUGGUGGAACAGCUCAAAUGUCUGGACCAGCAGUGCGAGCUGAGGGUGCAGCUGCUCCAGGAUCUGCAGGACUUCUUCAGGAAGAAGUCCGAGAUCGAGAUGGACUACAGCCGCAACCUGGAGAAGCUGGCCGAGAGGUUCCUCACCAAGACGCGCAGCACCAAGGACCAUCUACUCAAGAAGGAGCAGAGCAUUCUGUCCCCGGUGAACUGCUGGAACCUGUUGCUGCUCCAGGUGAAGAGGGAGAGCCGCGACCGUGCCACUCUGUCCGACCUCUACCUCAACAACAUCAUUCCCCGCUUUGCACAGAUCAGCGAGGACUCGGGACGCCUCUUCAAGAAGAGCAAAGAGGUUGGCGUACAGCUGCAGGAGGACCUGAUGAAAGUUCUCAACGAGCUUUACACGGUGAUGAAGACGUACCACAUCUACAACACGGACAGCAUCAAUGCAGAGUCCAAGCUGAAGGAUGCCGAGAAGCAAGAGGAGAAGCAGAUGGGACGCUCCGGCCGCCAGGACGACCGCCAGACACCGCGCUCCCCUGACACCCUGGCCAACAUCAAGGCUGACGAAAAGCCUGUUCGACGCUCCAGUGUCAAAAAAAUCGAGAAGAUGAAGGAGAAGAGACAAGCCAAGUACACGGAGAACAGGCUAAAGGCCAUAAAGGCCAGGAAUGAGUACCUGCUUGCUUUGGAGGCCACUAACAGCUGCGUAUUCAAAUAUUACAUCCAUGACCUCGCCGACAUCAUUGAUUGCUGUGACCUGGGCUACCACGCCAGCCUGCAUCGAGCCCUAAGGACGUACUUAUCUGCAGAGCAGAACGUAGAGGCGUCCAAACACACCGGCCUGGAGACUUUGGACGGGGCUGCAGAGAGUCUGGAGCCCAAUGGAGACAAACAGAAACUUAUGGAAACCUACAACAACGUCUUCUGUCCCCCAGCUCGGUUCGAUUUCCAGUCCCACAUGGGAGACAUGAUGGGAGUGAUGUGUGCACAGCAGCCACUGGAAGGCGACCUUCUCCAGAGGUGUCAGCAGCUGCAGUCCCGUCUGUCAACACUCAAGAUCGAGAACGAAGAGGUGAAGAAAACCAUGGAGGCCACGCUGUCCACCAUCCAAGACAUGGUGACAGUAGAGGACUACGAUGUCUCCGAGUGCUUCCACCACAGCAACAGCAUGGAAUCUGUCAAGUCAACGUUCAGUGAAUCCUAUCUAAGCAAACCCAGCCUGGCCAAGCGCAGGGCCAAUCAGCAGGAGACGGAGCAGUUCUACUUCACGAAACUGAAAGAGUUUCUGGAAGGCAGGAACCUGAUCACCAAACUUGAGGCCAAGCAUGACCUCAUUCAGAAGACCCUGGGAGAGAGUCAGAAGAGUGACUGUUGCCUUGCCAGUGGACGGAGAAACUCAGCCUUACGGAAGCAGGACACAGGUGAGACCAUCCCUCUGAUGGUGGAGAGUUGCAUCCGCUUCAUCAGUCGCCAUGGUCUGCAGCAUGAGGGCAUCUUCAGAGUGUCGGGCUCUCAGGUGGAAGUCAAUGACAUCAAGAAUGCAUUUGAGAGAGGUGAGGACCCGCUGGCAGGGGACGAGAACGACCACGACAUGGACUCCAUUGCCGGUGUCCUGAAGCUCUACUUUAGAGGGCUGGACCACGCCCUCUUCCCAAAAGAAGUCUUUCAUGACCUCAUUUCCUGUGUCUCAAUGGAGAGCCUCCAGGAGCGGGCGGUGCACAUAAAGAAAGUUCUGCAAUCUCUGCCGAGCAAAACACUCAUCAUCAUGAGAUACCUGUUUGCCUUUCUCCACCAUCUGUCUCAGUACAGCGAGGACAACAUGAUGGACCCCUACAACCUGGCCAUCUGUUUUGGUCCCACUCUGAUGUCUGUCCCAGAGGGCCACGACCAGGUCUCUUGCCAGGCUCACGUCAACGAGCUGAUUAAGACUAUCAUCAUCCACCAUGACACCAUCUUCCCCGGACGGAACGACCUGCAGGGCCCCAUCUAUACCUCCCCUGGACACGGAGAUGAUUUCUGUGACAGUCCCCACUGUGAGCCCCCCCUGGUGGAGGAGCCUGCACCUGACGCUGUCUCUGUCAUCCACAACAGUGAAGAUGGUUCCUUGACUAUUUCAGAGUCCGACCCGAUCGAAGCCAUCGCUCGCUUCGACUACUCUGGACGCACUAGUCGGGAGCUGUCGUUCAAGAAGGGAGCCUCUCUGCUGCUGUAUCAGCGAGCCUCUGAUGACUGGUGGGAGGGACGACACAAUGGAGCGGAUGGACUGGUGCCACACCAGUAUAUUGUGGUGCAAGACGUGUUUGACGGGGGACGGGGAAGUCCCAAGCCUGAUGUGGACUCCAGGGAUCUGCUGGAGGAGAGGGUCUCCACUAGGGGCAGUGCUCCCUCUCCCACCGGAGCUCAUGUGGCUGACAUCUACCUGGCCAACCUGAACAAGAUGAGGAAACGUCCCGAGUCUGCGAACAUCCGAAGAACAUUCCGGGGCUCAGAGAGUGACAGCACCAGUCCAGGAGCCAGUGGAGGCGGGAGAACAGCGUCUCUUCCUGUCGGGGGGGCUCUGAUCAAAGAGAGCGGAGACAAGCGACCCGUCAGCGCUCACAGCAUCCUCAACUCGGUCACUCGCCACUCCUCUCUGAAGACCAAGGUGGAGAGUCCACAGCUAAGGAAAACAACGACAGCAGGGCGCUCCAAGAGCUUCAGUAACCACAGACCGCUGGACCCGGAGGUUAUAGCCCAGGUGGAGCACGGCUCACAGGACAUCGAGACAGUGAUGAGUUCCGCGCUGACUGAGCUCAGUAAGUCGGAGAGACACUCUUCCAAACACACCCACGCCCCUGAUGUGGUUCUGGAUACACUGGAGCAGCUGAAAGGUAUGGGUGGUGGAGGUGGAGGAGGAGGAGGAGCCUCAGAGCCCUCCAGUCCACUCCACUCCCGACUGUUGCGGGACAGCGAGGGCAGCUCCUCACACGCUCACCCACUUCAGCGCAGCGCCUCCUCUGCCAGCGACGUACCCUCCUCCUUCCGCCCGGCCAAGAGCCAGCAACGCAGCCCGCUGCCCUCUGCCACGUCUCCCUCCCUGUCCUCCUCCUCCCUCUCCUCCUCCGUACCGUCCUUUAGAGAGCUGCGCCCGCCAGCAACAAGACCCAAGCCGGUGGUUUUCCCAAAGGGCGGAGGAGGUGGCAGUCCGGCGAUGGGCUCCCCAACCUCCACUGUUCCCCCUACGCCUCCACCUCCACCUCCAGGCCACACACACUCUCUCCCUCAUGCUCCUCCUCCUCCUCCACCUCCACCUCCUCCCCAGUCUAACGACAAAUCCUGCCCGGCUUAACAUGCCCCUCCAUCUGAACAACACUGAUCCACGCAAAACUCUUCUCCCAGGUGUAAGAAGCACUUGUUUCACAUAACCCACUACCCGUGUGGAGCAUUCACUUCUUUGGUGUGCAGGUGAAAUUCUGAAGAUGCCAUGUUCCCUUUAGAGCGUCUCCUGGCAGCUUUUAACUGUCAUGAGGUGCACUCGUCUUCUUUUCCUUUGCCAUCACAGAGAUUCCAGUGAUCACUGGAUUUAAAGAAACAAAAACCUUUUAUAACGGAAAAGUACUCAGGAUGGACACCUGCAGCACCUGAAGCUCGUUUGUGAUCUUUGGAAUUGUUUGAGUGGGUUUGCGAGAGUGUGUUACUCACCAUUACACACAGAUCUAUGUGAGGAGCAAAAAGCACUGUUUGAUUUUUGUAUAGCAGAAACUCUGACGGUUUCUUUUUUCCUUAUUUCUUUUUCGAUGACCCCCCCAUGACUAGCGGACUGGAAGGGAUUGUUUGACUCUUAAGAAUAGACUGUGAAAUGCUUAGUUCUCUCUCGCUCUGUGUGAAAAUGAAACUCACUGACUCGCUGCUGCUGCAGAAGUGGAGGACAGGUGGCGCUAAAAGUGGACUCAUUGAGUGAUGAAAGAAAACUGGGCCAAAUAUCAGUGUAAGUCAUGUGAUCAAGAGCUUUAUUUUAUCAUUUGCUCCAGUGUUUGAUAUGUUGGUGAUAUUUUUUUUUAAUUGCUGUUCAGUACAAGUACCACAACGGGAGCAUAAUAACAGUUAGUUUUCCAAUGGCCAACAGUAAUUCUAAAUCCAUAUAUAGCAAUAAAAAAAAAUGACAGAUGGUAGCUUGAGGCGUUCUACUGCUUCUCUCCUGCAGCUCUGUUAUGUGUGUAGGGGACCACUGAAACCCAGCAUUUUUAUAUGUAAUGUUGGACUGUACACACGCACACAUACGUAUGUUUUCUAAAUCGGUGUGAGGUGGUGGCGGUGGCGGCGGCGGUGGUGUUUUGUGGCAGCUAAAACGCCCUUUUUCAGGUUUUCCUUGCAUGCUGGGGCCGCAGACAGCUGCCCGAAUGGCGAGCUGGCUGAUUGCAUCACUGCAGUACCAGCUACACAACAACUUCAAACAAACAAAAAAAAAACACACACAGCUUGCUCCUUUAAAUAUAUACUGUACUUAAGUCAAAACAAAAAAAAAGGUUUUAUUAUUCUAAUGGUGUGUAUGUAUGUUUAAUAAUCAGCUGAGGACUCUCCUGUGUGCAUUUCAGUAGCACAACCAACCACCUCAUCCAGUGUGCAAGAUUAGCUUUUUAUAAUUACUUUUUUUCUUUUCCCAGGUUGUUUAUUAAUGCUCAGAAUCUGUUAUUGAGAAAACGUGGAACCGUGUAGCACUCUCUCUCUCUCUCUCUCACUCUCUCUCUCUGUGUAUGUGCGUCUGUUUGAGCGUGUGUCAAACUCAAUAUUACAGAGGGGGUCAGAUGAGGUCAAAUAACAUAAAAUGCAGAGUAAAGCAAGCUUUAUAGAAGCAAAUCAGAGAUCAAAUUUGAAAUUAAAGACGUGUCAUGUUCAGGUAUUAGUGAAAGCUAAGGGAGGGCGAUCUUUGCGAUAUACUCGCGCAACAGCUAAUCCACAAAAAGUUUAAUGUUUAUUUGUAGCAGCAGUUAAACUUGGUGUCUCAAAAGCAAUAUAAUAUCGCCUCGCAGAACAUCGCAAUAUUUCACUGUAUUGACCCCCUCACCCCUAAUUGACUUGUACAUGGAAUAACCUCAGUAUUCACAAAAUGACAUAAAUGUAGAAAUAACUUAUCAGCAAUAUAGUAUUGCUGUAUUUCUGCUGUAUUUCAGUAAAGCAGCAUGUUUUGAGACAUGACUUAUUAUCUCUGGGGGGCCUUGAGUUUGACACGUGUGAUGUAGAGUAUACUUUACAUGCCCCCCCCCACCACUUAUCAUAAAGGGAUCACCCAACAGCAACACACAGGAAGACACGUCUCCUAUGCUGUGGACUGAGCAACAGUAGCCUGAGUGAAUAUGCAUCGUGUUUUUUUGUGAUCAGAUAUAGAAAAAAAAAACAAAAAAGCCUGCAGGGAUACGUGAAAUAUCACUGCUGUAACACCAGUGACAGGCCAGCUUUAAGUGCAGACACAAUGAGGAAACCUAACUAUAAGGACCUUAAACAGACUUUUCUCCUCUUUAUUUUUUUUUUUCCAGAGAGGAUUUGAUAAUGUGUACCUUUGCAGAAUUAGAUCUGGUAAUGGAUUGUGGAAUAAUUUAAUGAUUUCUCAAAUACUAACUUCAAAUGUGGAGAUAAACCAUUCAGGGUGAACUGAAUAAAGCCUUUUUUUCUUGUUGUAUUUCACUUUCUUGAGGAAAGUCUCGGACUAAUAUUACACUGAUUAUCUCAUAUUUUUGCUCUCUCUACCAGGAAAGGAAUUAUAAAUGUUUUUUUUCUUUUUAAUCUCUGUAUACUGUUGUGUAUUACCUGGUAUAUUUGUGUUACUCUUACCUCAUCAUGACAACUGGAGGGACUGUGACUGUAAGUGUUUGUGGUUUAACAAGCUCACACUCACACAUGCAUUUGGACGUGUUCUGUCCCGGGCCUGUGCUGUCGAGAGGAGCUGGGACCCUCUGCGAUCUCGAAUCAAUCAUCAUGCACUUGAACAACACUUUGCUUGUGUGUGCGGCGGGGAUGAUUUGUCAGAGUUGAAUAUUGUUAUAUAUGCAUUUUUGUGUCCAUUUGAAAAUAGCAGAACUAAAAAAAAAAAAGGAAAGACUGUAACGUCAAAAUCUAUUUAUAGUUGUCUCUGUAUUACUGGAGAAUCCUGUGUUCAGAUGUACUUUGUAUAUACAAUGUUGUACAUUACAGAGGUACACUCUUUUCUUUUGGUACAAUAUUGUACAGUAAUAGCAAUAGUAGUUUAAUCAAAUAGGCCUUAUAUGAUUCUAUGUGUAGUUCUUGUAGUAGAUAAGUUUUUUUUUAAUAAACAUUGCUUGCUAUAAAAA